AUGAUACAUCGGAGUCAGAUGAAAAUUCGUCGGAAAAGCCUGAUUGAGCUACCUGGGAUCCCGCCAAUCCUACGGCCCCUUCUUCGGGCGUAUCUGCUUGGCUAUGCUUCCGCUGUCGCCCCCAGGAUCUUGACACUGUUGAUGCAAUACAUUACCAAGAAGCGCCGUAGAGUCUCAAAGGAGAAUGGACAGUGCGACGGUUUUGUGGAAAGGUUCAGGCAAAUUGUCCUUACUGGUCUAGAUCCCCAGCGUUUCCCAACCUUUUGCGCCGUAUUAGUUGGCGGCAGCACCUUAUUGGAGGAACUUCUUCGGCAAUUAUUCCAGCGCAGUAUCAAGGGCCUUGCCGAAGAAACACGCACCAGAUUGGCCAGAUGGUGCGCUACGUUCACUGCUGCGUGGUUUAGCCUGCAGCUGCUGCAAUCCAAGAAGAGUUCGGCUUUUACGGAACAUGUUCCAGUCAAGUCUGACUUUCCUCCUGGGGCUGAAAUGAAGGAAGUCCGAUAUGCUGGACGGACUCUUGACCUGACCCUUUUCACACUAACACGGGCACUCGAUGUCGUUGUUGGGGAGCUUUGGGCCCGUAGACGCGCAAGCCGCAUUGCCCAGGGAAGCUGGACUAAGGCGGAGUGGAUCGUCGGCAGAUUCACCGAUCCCUGUUUGUUCGUCACCUCGUGCGCCUUCAUCAUGUGGGCAUGGUUCUACCACCCCUCACGGCUACCCAGCGCCUAUAACAAAUGGAUCAGCUCGGCGGCCAACGUCGAUAUGCGGCUCAUCGAGGCCCUCCAGAAGCUGCGCGUCGGUGACAUGACCUACGGCCGGAGCGAGCAGGCGGAGCUGCUGCAGGGCAUGUGCGAAAAGUACAAGUGGCCGAUGGACUGGGGCGACCCAUCAAAAUCCAUCCCGAUCCCUUGCGAGAUAGUCCACAUGGGCUGCGGCCCCUCGUGCGAGCUCCACGCCAUCAGUCGCUUCUACCGGUCGUGGAAAUGGUCCAUGGCCAUGUAUCUACCUUUGAGUAUGGCCCUCCUCCUCCGGGGCCCGAUUAACAAGAAGAGCGUCUUGCGAGUGCUGCUCUCGGCGUCGCGGUCGUCGGCGUUCCUGGGCGCAUACAUCACGCUCUUUUAUUAUGGCGUCUGCCUAGCCCGAACAAGGGUCGGGCCUCACCUCAUCGGUAGGGACGUGGCGGCGCGUCAGAAGAUCGACGCUGGCAUCUGCAUCCGUACUGGGUGCUGCCUGUGUGGCUGGAGUGUUCUCAUCGAGACCGUCAGCCGCCGUAAGGACAUGGCCCUCUUCGUCGCGCCGCGAGCCAUGGCGACUCUGUUGCCGAGGCGUUACGGCAUGGACAAGCAGUGGAGGGAGACGCUAGUGUUUGCCGCCAGCACGGCAGUCGUGUUUACCUGCAUCCACGAGAACCAGUCUCGUGUGCGAGGUGUACUGGGCGGUGUUUUGGGGACGGUCUUGCCUUAUUAG